AUGGACGCCCACGUCUCCAUCCUGUCCUCCGUCUCCAGAACCACCCUCACCCAGACCUUCACCACCGAGGGCCUAUCGAGCGCGUUAACCGAGGUCAAGUACGCCUUCCCCAUCUAUGACGGAGUCAGCGUCGUCGCCUUCACCUGCACGAUAGGCGACCGCGUGGCCCGCGAUCGCGGCGAGGCCGCCGCCCUGCUCGAACAGGUCCCCGAGGCGGCCGACGUCUGGACCACCUCGGUGGGCAACAUCCCCGCCAACACCAACGUCAAGGUCGAAAUCUCCUACCUGGGCGAGCUGAAGCACGAUGCCGAGGUCGACGGCAUCCGGUACACCAUCCCCGCCGUCAUCGCCCCGCGCUACGGUCAGAUGCCCGAGUCCAUGCUCUCCACCAACAGCAGCCUCGGCGGCAAGGGCGGCCUCAAGAUUGUCGUCGACGCCCAGGUCCCCGCCGCCCUCGCUGCAAAAGCCUCGGCCACCCUCACCUCGGGGUCCACCGAGUUCGAAAAGGACUUUGUGCUCCACGUCAUCGCCACCAACACUUCCAACCCCGUCGCCCUGCUCGAGAAUCACCCCACCCUCCCCAACCAGAGGGCCCUGAUGGCCACCCUCGUGCCCAGGUUCAACCUGCCCCCGGACAAGCCCGAGAUCGUGUUCGUCUGCGACAGGAGCGGGAGCAUGGGCUGGGGCAAGAUCGAGAAUCUCAAGGCCGCCUUGCACAUCUUCCUCAAGUCGCUCCCCGUCGGCGUCAAGUUCAACAUCUGCAGCUUCGGUUCCAGCUAUUCUCUGCUCUGGGACCGGUCCAAGUCGUACGACAAGUCGAGCCUCGACGAGGCGUCCCGCCACAUCGACACGUUCGACUCCAACAUGGGCGGCACCGAGAUGUGCCAGCCCAUCAAGGCCGUCUUCGAGAAGCGGUACAAGGACAUGAACCUCGAAGUCUUCCUCCUCACCGACGGCGACAUCUGGGACCAGGACAAGCUUUUCGGCAUCAUCAACAGCGAGGUGGCCAGCAGCAAGGGCGCCAUUCGCGUCUUCACCCUCGGAAUCGGCACCGGCGCUAGUACCCUCGAGAUCAAGUACGCCGAGUCCAAGGGCGACGACAAGCCUCAAGCGGAGGAGGGCGACGAUGCCGACGACUUUGAACUGGUGGAAAAGGUCCUCGACUGCCUCGUCGUCGACGACUCCCGAAGCGAGAAGACCUUGGUCUCCGGAGAGUCCGAGACCGCCAAGAAAAAGCCCGAGCCCGAGACCCCGCCAGCCUCCAGCGGCACCGACGCCAAGUUCGACCACCUCCCGCCGUCAAGGAGCCCAAGCUCCUCCAAGCCCCCUUCGAGAUCCCCGCUCUUCCCCUUCAACCGCACGAGCGUGUACGUGCUCAUGUCCGACGAGACCGCCCGCCGGCCCGUCAAGUCGGUCGUGCUGCGCGGCACCUCGGUCCACGGGGCCCUCGAGCUCGAGAUCCCCGUCACCACGCUGGACGAGCCCGGCGAGACGGUCCACCAGCUCGCCGCCCGCAAGGCCGUCAAGGAACUCGAGGAAGGAAAAGGGUGGAUCCGGCACGCCAAGGACGCCGGCGACGAGCUCCUCAGCCGCAGGUACGACGGCAGGUUCUCCGACAUGGUGGAGCGCGAGGCCGUGCGUCUCGGCGUGCGCUACCAGGUCGCCGGCCGGUGGUGCUCGUUUGUCGCUGUCGAGGAAAGGCCCGGCGAGGAGGCGGCGCGCCAGCUGUCCGCGCCCAAGGAGGGCGAGGAAGGCAGCGCGGCGAGCGAGGAGGAGGCCGUUCUCGAGAGCUACGCGGUGGCGCCCGCUUUCCAGGCGCAGCGAUCGCGAAAGGGGGCAUGGGCGGCGUGGUGGGCAUGGCGCGGCGCAUGCCUCUUCGGCGCGGCCCCUCCGGCGCCCGGCGGUUCCGCGCAGGUAGAGUCCGUCGCCUUGCGCGGCUACGCCAUGGAUUCGCUCGCCGACAAGUCGAACGACUUGGCCGCCCAAUCCGCCCUGUUCGCGCAAUCCUCCAAGGCGGCGGCGCCGCCGUCGCUCACGGACAAGGCGUUUAGCUUGUUCGGCUCCAAGAAGAAGAGGUCCGGGGACCCUCCUCCCGUGACUGCGUCGUCGUUCUCGUCUAUGGAGAAGAAGAAGGAGAGCUCGGGCUUUGGCGGCGGAGGAGGCAGCGCCGGAUUCCGGACGUCCACUACCUCUGCUUUUGGCGGGCACCUGGCGGCGCUGGAUUCGGGACGUCCACCACCUCUGCUUUUGGCGGGGCGCCCGGCGGCGCUGGAUUCGGUAGUUCUGCCAGGGACCCGCGCCCUUCCCGAUCCUGCCCUCGCCCGUGAGCCAAACCCCGCGGCGGCGUUUGGCCAAAUGCAUCACCGAGCAAAUUUGAGCGCCUCCGCCCGCAGCCACGGAGCCCAUGCGGUCGCAGCCGUUGUACCCACCCCCGUGGCCCAGGACCCCAUGACCGCCAUCGUGGACCUGCAGACUUUCGAGGGCUUCUGGCCCGCCGCGUCCGCCGGCGAACUCUUGGCGGCCCUCGGCGGCACCAGCGACGAGAAGAUUGUCGCCGCGCUGGAGGCGAGCACGGCCACUUGGGCGGCGGCGCUCAAGGGGAACGCGGACGCGCGGCUAACGGCGUUUGUGCUGGUGUACUUGGCCAAGAAGCUCGGGAGCGAGAGGGAUGUGUGGGAUAUGAUGGCCGAGAAGGCGUUGGAUUGGUUGAGGGGGUGGUGGGUGGUGUGGAGCAGGAUGAGUUGGAGGGGUUUUGGGGGCUUUUGUAAAUGA